AUGGAUGAGGGAAUGUCAGAUUUUGGUCUCAAACUUAGCCCAACCAAAGGUGGACCACCAUCUCCUGCUCCUGCUCCUGCUCCUGCUCCUGCUGGUGCUGGUGCUGGUGCUGGUGGCGCUGGCGCUGGUGCAAAGUGUGGUCGGUGGAACCCCACCAACGAACAAGUCAAGGUGUUGACCGACUUGUUUAGGUCAGGUUUACGAACCCCAACCACUGACCAGAUUCAAAACAUAUCCUCUCAGUUGAGCUUUUAUGGCAAGAUCGAGAGCAAGAAUGUUUUUUACUGGUUUCAGAACCAUAAAGCAAGAGAAAGACAGAAACGUCGUCGUGUUUAUGUUGAAAAUCUUGAUCAAAACGAUCAUCAUUUUAAUGUUUCAAAACAACAUUUUGCAGAGGUAUUGGAGUCGGGGAGGGUGAUCGAGACGUUGCAGCUCUUCCCGGUGAACUCACUCACCUUCUCUGAUCAACCAGAGAAGGUGAGAGCGUACACCAAUGACGAAUGCAAAGAAAACGCGUCGCCUUUUAUGUAUACGUGUGCAACGGAAAUGGAAAACCAUUAUCAACAUCGACAUCCUUCGCUAGAUCUGCGUUUAAGUUUCAUGUGAAAGAAACAUGUAAGAAGCUGUUGAUCAUUGGAAAAUCCUUGAACAAAUGACACAAAUGAUCGUAUGCGUUCAUUCGAAUGAUAUUUUGCUAGUUUUUAGCUUG